AGAUGGGGCUUUGCAAUGCAUCCAAGGGCCCGCUGAAGUUCCCAUGAUGUCACCGAACGGUUCCAUUCCACCAAUCCACGUUCCUCCUGGCUACGUCUCCCAGGUUCUAGAGGACAACACAGGCGUGAGGAGGGUUGUGGUCACACCUCAUUCUGAAUGUUACCCUCCGAGUUACUCUCCGGCUCUGUCCCCGAGCCACCACAUUCACCCUCCGUAUCUGACGCACCCACACUUUAUUCCGGCCUCACAUACGUCAUACUACCCCCCAGUCAGCCCCGGUGACAUGCCCCCGCACCAGUUCUAUCAGCAUCGACUGCCACCCAUCUACCCGGAAGAGAUCAUCCCGCUGUAUAACGUCUCCACUUUCAUGGGUCAUGAGGAGUAUUGUAAACCUCCACCCAAGAAGCUCAAACAGCCGGUGGAGCGUACAGCUCUAAGUCAAGUGACCAGCACGCUGUCCAGCAGCUACAAGAACACCACGGCCUGCACCACCACAGCUAACGGCUACGGCAAGAGCCACAGCAGCCCUGGAGGAGGAGGAGGAGGAAGCCCUGGCAACAAGAGGCCAGAUCGAAGAGCCAGAGGAAGCCCCAAACACUCAGACACCGAGCCACAGGAUCACGAUGUGGACACGAGACGAGUUCAGGCUGUGCCAUCAGGAAUGGACAAGCCGCAGGUGUCUAAUGUACAGUCCCGCUCCGCGCUUGUGUCUUGGACGUCUGUUUCUGUAUCAGGAUCAUCUGGACGGGUCCCUUACUGUAGUUACGAGCUCCAGCUCAAGGACAAGGGCCGAGAUGGGAAAUACAAGGUUGUGUAUAGUGGUGAGGAGCUCCAGUACACCCUCACUGACCUGAGACCAGCCACAGACUAUCAUGUCAGAGUAAGCACAGUGUGUAACUCUGUGAAAGGUCCCAGUUCGGAUGCGAGGGCCUUCACUACCCACAGUGCCCCUCCUGAUACCCCUCUACCGCCCAGACUGUCCCAUCGCACCAAGAGCUCCCUCACAUUACAGUGGAAGCCCCCUGCGGACAAUGGAUCAAAAAUCACCAAUUAUGUUCUAGAAUGGGAUGAGGGGAAGAAAAACAGCAUUUUCCGUGAAUAUUAUGUUGGACACCAGCGACACUGCAAAGUAAUGAGGUUGUGCCCUGCUGUCGGGUACACGUUUCGAGUGGCAGCACUAAAUGAUAUUGGCACCAGUGGAUUCAGCACAGAAGUCGUCUUCAACACCACAGGAAGUCUCCCGCAGACGUCCUUACCUCCGCGGCUGGCACAGGCAGGUCCGUCCUGGGUUAGGUUGGAGUGGACGCGACCAAACAGCUGCAGCAUUGAGGAGGUCGUCACUUACACCCUGGAGAUGCAGGAUGAGACCAAGGGACUGGACUUUCAGGCAGUGUACAGCGGUUUGGAGCUGAACCGUAAGGUGGAGACCCUAAAAAGGAACACACAGUACAAAUUCAGGCUCAUCACAUGUAGUGGUGAGUGGCGCAGUGCACCGAGCUCUUUGCUUGUGUGUAAGACGACCUCUGACAGACCCGGACCCCCUGUGAAUCCUGCAGUAAACGCUGUCACGUAUCACGGCUUCUGUGUGACAUGGGAACCUCCACAAGAUGAUGGUGGAUCUGGAGACUUGACGUAUGUCCUGGAGAUAUCAGAAGGGAAUUUAGAAGGCAUUUCUGAAGAGAGUCAGUGGAUGACACUCUAUAGAGGACCAGAGAGGAAACAUCUGUGUGAGGAUCUAAAACCAGCAACAAGCUACUUCCUGAGACUCAGCUGUGUGAAUGUGGGCGGACAAAGCCUGUGCUCAGAUGACUUGACGGUUCGCACUCGUAUCCCGCCCCCUGGCCGCUGUCAACCCCCAAGUAUCGUGGGUGAUGUCAAACACAAGGAGAUGACUUUGCAGUGGGAUGGUCCUUUGUGUGGUGAAGAGAGUGAAAAUGUGGAGUUUAGCUUGGAAAUGUGUGCAAUGGAGGAGGGUUUGGAGCCAAUGGAGGUGUACUGUGGAUCCAAAACAGAGUGCACUGUGGGUAAUUUGCUCCCUGGCACCACCUACAGGUUCCAAGUUUGUGCAGCCAACAGUGCUGGGUAUGGACCAUACUCUGAAUCUGUGGAAAUAAGCACUGCUGCCGGCCCCCCAGGACAAUGUAGUCCACCUGCCAUCAAUGUGACGUCACACACCUGUGCUGAUGUGACCUGGGAGAACAAAGUGAGCUCUGGGAUAGACAUUUCCGAGUACCGGCUGGACUGGGGAUGUGAUUUGGACUCUCUUGAACUGGUCUACAGUGGAACGGAAACCUGCUUCCAAAUCUUCAACCUGGAGGCAUCAACAGACUACUGCUGCAGGCUACAGGCAGUGAACCAGGCAGGGGCAGGCCCCUACAGUGAUCUGGUGACGUGUCGGACCCCUGCGGCGGCCCCUGAUGUUGUAUCUGGAUUUCGCCACGUUGACCACCCUUUGAACCCAACAGAAAAUGAACCCUUCUCCCACUCCACCUGUCUGGCCCUUACCUGGGACGAGCCUCACUGUAAUGGAGCAGAAAUCACCUCCUACAGCAUCUCAAUGGGAGACCGCAUCAUCACCACCAGAAGCGUAACCGGUCACAUUAUCAGGGACCUGCUGCCGGACAGCGAGUACAGCCUGCAGAUUCGAGCAGAAAAUGAAAUGGGCCCCGGGCCCUUCAGUCAGACCCUAACGGUGAGGACCAGACCCCUUCCGCCGUCUCCUCCAAGGCUGGAGUGUGCAGCGGUCGGACCUCAGAGUCUGAAAUUACGCUGGGGUUUCAGCAGCCGAAGUCAACUCACUGAUGACACGACCUACAUCCUGCAGAUGGAGGACAGGAAUCAGAGGUUUGUGGUGGUUUACAGAGGUCCGAGCCACACUUUUAAGCUGCAAAGACUGAGCGAAUCAAGCCGGUACCGUUUCCGGAUCCAGGCAGUGAGCGAAGCAGGCGAGGGGCCGUUUUCUGAUACGUACACCUUCUGCACCACCAAAUCUCUGCCACAAACACUGAAAGCCCCAAGAGUUGUUCAGUUAGAGGGAAAUGCCUGUGAGGUCACAUGGGAGAGUAUUCCACCAAUGAGAGGAGACCGAAUCAGCUAUGUGCUACAGGUGCUGGGAGGCAGAGAUUCUGAUUAUAAACAGGUGUAUAAGGGAGAUGAGACAUCCUUCCAGCUCUCUGGCCUGCAGUGGAACACUGACUACCGCGUGCGUGUGUUUGCAUGCAGGCGCUGCGUGGACACCCUCCAGGAGCUGUGCGGGUCCUUCAGCCCAUCCGCCCACUUCAACCUGCGGCGGUCUGACGCCACACUGGCUGUGGAAGCGGACAUCACCAGGGUGCCCAUAGGCAAAACCCUCAGCGAUGAACAGUUUGCUGGCCUCAUAGUAUUUGGGGUGGCCUCUCUCUCUGUCCUGAUGGCCUUCCUGCUUCAGCUUCUGAUUUAGAGCCGUUCUCGUCUCUUCAGUUUUUAAACUACAGUUUGCAAAACCAUUAAUGCAAGUACUGUUUUGGUCAUUGACCAAAAUACUCCUUUUACAGUUUUAAAAAAAAUCACAUGAGCAGAU